AUGACUGAAGUAGUAGCAGUUGAAGAUAAGAAACGUCCAGGAUCACCAACUAGAGUCCCACAUCAACCAAAGAAGAAGAUACAUAGACGUAAAUAUAAAGCAAAAGAAGUCGAUCCAACUGCCCCACUAGGAGUAUUACAAUAUGAAAUUAAGGAAAUCUUACACGAACAUAAUUUAUCAGAAGAUGAUAUUUCCAAUGAUAUGAAAUAUGUUUUGAAUGAUCCUGAAGCCGAAGCUCAAUAUCAUCGAAUUGUUGAAAAUGUUAAAGUUAUUUCAUUACUUUCAAAUGGUGAUGGGAUUGGACUUAUACCUCAUCCCAAUCCCUUGAAAAAGUUCCAAGUUGUAAUCAUCCCAUUUGGUAUACCUGAAGACAUAGGUACUAUUAAAGUAUUCAAGACCCAUCCAUUAUAUACUGAAUCUGAUUUAUUAUCAAUCACAGCCGCAUCACCAACCAGAAAUGAUUCAUUAAUAAACUGUAGAUAUUUUGGAAAAUGUUCAGGAUGUCAAUAUCAAAAUAUCGAAUAUGAUACUCAAUUAGAACUUAAAAAACAAACAAUCAUUAAUGCAUAUAAACACUUUGCACCCAAAUUAUUAUCAACAAAACAACUUCCGGCAAUUUUGGAAACUCAACCAUCUCCAUUAAAAUAUUCUUAUAGAACUAAAUUAACUCCACAUUUCAAUGUUCCUUGGAGUAAGAAAGGAGAAUUGGAAUAUAGACCAAAUAUAGGAUUUGGUGCUAAGGGGAGACCUACUUGGAGAAAGGAUGGGGAUUUUGGUCCCGAUGGAUCAAUUAUGGAUAUUGAAGAAUGUCCAAUUGGGACUCGUAUUAUUAAUCAAGGGAUGAAAAAUGAAAGAAAAAGAUUUGAGCAAGAAUUUAAGAAAUAUAAAAAAGGUGCAACUGUUUUAUUGCGAGAGGAUACCAAGGUUGGCAAACAGGGGGAGGAAGUCGAGAUUGGAGAAGGAUCAACUGAUGAGAAUGGAGUUGUAUCUAAAAUCGAAGUUGAUGUUGAAGGGAGUGGGGAGAAAUUGGUUAAGACAUGUGUUACAAACACUAGACAGAUUGUUCAAGAAUAUAUCAACGGAUAUAAAUUUGAAUUUUCAGCGGGGGAAUUCUUUCAAAAUAAUAAUUCAAUCUUACCUAUUGUGACAAAUUACGUUAAAUCCAAUUUAUCGAUUCCAAAUUCCAAGCCAGAUGAACCAAAUUAUUUAGUUGAUGCAUACUGUGGAUCAGGAUUAUUUUCAAUCACAUGCUCAAGUAAUGUUAGUAAAGUUAUCGGGGUUGAAGUGUCGGCAGAUUCAGUCAAAUUUGCUGAACGUAAUGCAAAAUUAAACAAUAUCGAAAAUGCCAAAUUUAUAGUCGGGAAAGCAGAAGAGAUUUUUGCAAGUAUAGAUACACCAUCCGAUAGAACUUCGGUGAUUUUGGAUCCUCCCAGAAAAGGGUGUGAUGAAGUUUUCUUGAAUCAAUUAUCAACUUAUCAUCCAGCAAAAAUCGUAUAUAUUAGUUGUAAUGUUCAUUCUCAAGCUAGAGAUGUCGAAUGGUUUAUUAAUAAUACCGAACAUGGUAAAGAUUACGUUGUUGAAAGCGUUAAAGGUUUUGACUUCUUCCCACAAACUCAUCAUGUUGAAAGUGUUGCCGUCUUGACAUUAAAACAAUAA